AUGUCCUCACUUGUCUGUGGGACGGGAGGUGGUCCAGUUCAGAGGAAAUAUGUAAACGUGAUGCUGUUGUCCCCAGCCAAGUCUUGCACCGUGCCCGAGGAGCCGCUCAACGGCAAACUCAUCGUAGGAGAAGGGCUCAGUUUUGGUUCUUCAGUGAACUUCACCUGCAACACUGGGUACAGACUGAUUGGAGAUGCUCAGAUUUAUUGUGUGAUUAGAAAUGAGCGUGUUACGUGGGACAGAGAUAUUCCCGUCUGUGAGGCGAUACCAUGUGAACCCCCUCCGGAAAUAGCUGAUGGGGAGCACAAUGGGGUUGACAAGGAGCUCUUUGUGUUCGGAGAUUCCGUCACGUACCAGUGCCGCAGCGUCAGGAGGGCAGAGAGACCUCUAUCCCUGGUGGGAGAAGCCUCUAUUCAGUGCACAACCACGGACGAUGUCAAUGGUGUGUGGAGCGGUCCAGCCCCAGAAUGCAAAGUGGUGACCUGUGAGCCCCCAAGGCUGGCGAAUGGGAAGCUGAUGAGUCUGUACAGGUCCGAGUACACCUACGGGGACACCGUCCUGUUCGACUGUAACUUCCGCUACACCCUGAAAGGCAGCUACACCUCCACGUGCAAGGACAACAACCUGUGGGACCCCCCACUGCCACUCUGCCAGCUCACUAGCUGUAAUUACCCUCCUGAUGUGUAUAACGCUGAUAAAGCCAAACCUGCUGUCGAUCGGUUCCCUGUGGACACCGUGGUCACCUACACGUGCCACCAGGGCCACAGGUUCAGCACGGGAGAAACCACGCGGAGCAUCCGGUGCCGGCCGAACUUCAUGUGGAGCGAAAUUCCUCCACCGUGUGAAAGUAAGUGUUUUGUCCCUUUGGCUCCCCUGUGGGCCGGCAGGAUUAAUCCUCGUUGCCCAAAGCCAGACAUUCUUCACGGAGUAGAGGUUCAUAAAAGCAAAAAUGACUACACAGUGGGGACCCAAGUGAGGCUGGCUUGUGAGGAGGGCUUUUUCCUCCGGGGCCUGGACUUCGUCGAGUGUCAGGCUGAUGCAACCUGGGCUCCUGCCUUGCCCUCUUGUGACAAAGUCUGUACCCCACCUCCAGAAAUCUCCAAUGGGCAGCACACUGGCCUGGGUAAUAAGGAGUUCUUCUAUGGCACCAAUGUGACCUACACCUGUGCAAGGGGUCUGUCCCUCAUCGGGGACAAAUCCAUCUACUGCACCUCCGACGAUGGGGAGAACCUAAAGUGGAGUGGACCUGCCCCAGAGUGCAGGGCGGUUCGGUGUCCCAAGCCCGUGGUGGAGAGGGGCAGGAUGACUCCCCAGAGGUUCACCUUUCCCUACGGAGUGGCCCUGCAGUUCUCCUGCGAUGAAGGCUUUGAACUGAGUGGUGCCACAGAGAGUCAGUGCCAGGCUGAUGGCAGCUGGGACCCUCCUGUGCCCACCUGCCAGCCAGUUAAGUGUUCCAAACCCCCACGGGAGGACGGCUUAGAGGUGUACUGGAACAAAUUAUAUUAUGAGGUGAAUGAAACUGUGUCCUUCUCCUGCAACCGUGAUGGACUAAGAGAUAGAGGGCUGUCUUCAAGUUAUGGACUAAGAGAUAGAGGGCUGUCUUCAAGUACCUGCUCAGCUAAUGGCACCUGGAAAAGGCGUGAGACCUGUGAGAAGAUUCUUCAAAGUAAAGAAGCUUUCCAGUGUGGAAUUCCUCUGACAGAACUGAAAACCAUGCUGGAAGUCCGGAAGCUCUACCUGGAGAUCCAGAAACUUGAAAAGGAGCUAAAAAUCACAUCUCCCCCCACAAGAAGAGGGCAGAGCAGCCUUCCCUCCCAUGGCACAACCUUGCUGGAGGGCUCAGGGAGGGCAUCCCUGGCCUUGGGCAGGUCAGAAGGGUUGGGGAGGGGGUGGUGUCAGCGUGGCUUUGCCUGGCCUGACCCCAACUUCCCACAGUUGCUUCCCCUUCCCCGUGGGGCUGUCAGCAGGGACAGGAUUUCUCCUUCCCACGGUGCUGCUCUGGCAGCUCCUCACACCAUGCCAGGGCUCCUCUGCCCCCUGGGGCAGCUCCUGCCACUAAUGAUGUUUCUGCUGCAGCCGACUGGGAGCCUCGAGAUCCAGUGUCCCAUCCCUCGUAUUUCAAAUGGUCAGCUGAGAUCUGACAGGAACUUCACCUCUGGCAGCUCAGCCACGCUCGAGUGCGACAGCGGCUACAGGGCCCUGGGUUCUACCACGGUGCAGUGCCUGCCCAACGGCAGGUGGUACCCACGGGUGCCAGCCUGCACCCCAGGUCAGUGUUCCAGACCUCCUGUUGUCGACUACGCGGACCUAAACUAUCAGCACGAGUUUCUAGUUGGGACAACCCUGAUCUACUCCUGCAGACACGGGUUCAAUUUGAUCCCUGGAGUGUCUCCAACAACUACUUGUCUUAGCAACUUCACGUGGUCCGCAGUCCCAAAGCUCUGCCAGAAGGUGCAGUGUCCCACCCCGGUUAUCCCCCACGGGAGAGAGAUCAGCGCCAGGAAAACCCAGUACACCUUUGGGCACCAGGCAGAAUUCCACUGUGACCAUGGCUACGUGCUGACAGGCAGCCAGAGGACCCAGUGCUCGUCUGAUGGGACGUGGAGACCCCCCAUCCCAUACUGCCGCAGGGUCUGUGAUCCCCCUCCCAAAAUCGCCAAUGGGCAGCACUCUGCCUUGGGGACUAAGCAGUUCCCAUAUGGCUUUGAAGUCAAGUACACCUGUAUGGAGGGUCUGUCCCUCAUCGGGGACGAAUCCAUCUACUGCACCUCUGAUGAUGGGGAGAACCUGACGUGGAGUGGACCUGCCCCAGAGUGCAGGGUGGUUCGCUGCCCCAAGCCCGUGGUGGAGAGGGGAAGGACGUUUCCCCAGAGGUUCACCUUUCCCUAUGGGGUGGCCCUGCAGUUCUCCUGCGAUGAAGGCUUUGAACUGAGUGGUGCCACAGAGAGUCAGUGCCAGGCUGAUGGCAGCUGGGACCCUCCUGUGCCCACCUGCCAGCCAGUUCUGUGUCCCCAACCACAAGUGGCCUAUGGAAGGCUGAAGGAUGAUAAAACGUGGUACCAGAUCAAUGAGACUGUUACUUUGGGAUGUGCCCCUGGAUACCAGUUGUCAGACAACGGGAACACGCCUUUAGAAGGCUCCUGGACAGCCACGUGCUUGCCUGAUGGCAACUGGACACCCUUGCCCAAGUGUAAGAAAGAAGGUGAUGCUGAUGUGUGUGAAGAGGUUCGCUACAUUAAAUCGUUCUUUGAAUGCAAGGUGCCUGUAGCAGAAGUGAAAGCUCUGCUGGAAAUACAAAAACUGUUUCUGGAGAUUAAAAAACUAGAGGUGGAACUAGAAAGUGACUGUGGGCCCCCACCUGCCAUGACCUACUCGAGGCCAUCCAGCGACGAGCACUCCAGCAGCUUCCCCGUGGGAUCCAGGGUGACGUACACGUGCGUCGAGGGUGCCCUCAAAAUCCCUGGGCUGCCAGACACGGUGGAGUGCCUGCCUGGCAACCUCUGGUCCAAGCUGCCCGAGCCCUGUGGCCGGAGCUGCACUGCCCCGACCAGGCUGAGGUUUGCUGCCCUGUCCAGGGAGGAUGAGGUGGUGAAUUUCUUCCCUGUGGGCACCAACGUGACCUACGUCUGCCGUCCUGGCUACGAGAACACCUCGGAGAGCUCCCCCACCAGCACCUGCCUGGAGAACCUGACGUGGUCAGAAGCUGCUGAGCUGUGCAGGAGAAGGUCCUGUGGUGCCCCGGCAGUGCUGCCCGGGGGGAGGAUGGUGCCCCUCACAGACCUGCAGUUUGGUGCCCGAGUGGACGUGUUCUGUGAGGAUGGGUACAAAUUAGUCGGAAAUAAGUUCAUCUGGUGCCAGCUGAAAGGAAAGGACGUUGAAUGGAGUAAACUUCCAACUUGUGAAUUAAUUACCUGCCCUGCACCUCCUCAAAUCAGCAAUGGGAAGCACGAUGGUGAAGGUGUUGAAAAUUUUGCUUAUAACUCAACAGUAACAUACAGCUGUGACCCUGGAUUCCAGCUCCUUGGGGGUCUGAGCAUCCGCUGUACGAGCACGGACAAAACCCACGGAGUCUGGAGUGGAGCUGUGCCCAAGUGCAAAGGGAGGUCGUGGGUGGCCAGGAGAAGCUGGACGUGGCAGAAGUGCUGCUCCACCACAUUCCCCAUCCGCUGCAAAGGAUUAUUUUACCCAUGUGACUGUGGGCCCUUGCCAAACAUCAGCCACGCAGAGCCCCCAGAGGACGUGAAACACAAGCAGAGCUUCAGCGAGGGCUCCACGGUGAGGUACAUCUGUGUUACAGGCUACACCAAACGCCCCCUGCUCUCCGACACCAUCCAGUGCCUCGCAAACUCCCAGUGGUCCCACCUCCCGGAGUUCUGUGGCCGUAGCUGUCCUAGCCCUCCAUAUAUGCCAUUUGCUAAAAUAUCACAGGAUGAUCAAACACAGAAUUUUUAUCCUGUUAAUACCACGGUGAAGUACAUUUGUCGCCCAGGCUUCGAGAAUACCACAGACCAGCUCCCCACCAGCACCUGCCUGGACAACUUAAAGUGGUCAGAAGUUCCUGAGCUGUGUAGGAGGAAAUCUUGUGGUAUUCCAGCAAGUCCAGAACAUGGCAAAGUUAUUACAGACGAUCACCUGCUCGGUGCAAAAGCCACUGUGGUUUGUGACCGUGGGUACAUAUUACAGGGAGGGUCACCUUCCAUCUUUUGUGCCAUACGGGGAAGUGAAGUUGUCUGGAGUCAACUUCCAGCUUGUCAGGCUAUUUCUUGUCCUCCUCCUCCAGCCAUUCCCCACGGGCAGCACGAUGGCAACAGCACCGGGAAGUUCCCGUACGGCUCAGUCACGACCUACACGUGUGACCCCGGCCUGGAGCUCGUGGGGAACAAAUCCCUCCUCUGUACAACGGAGAACGGGGUCCUUGGCACCUGGAAUGGGCCUCCUCCCGAGUGCAGGGUUAGCACUACAGUAGAGACAAACCAAACUCAAUCCUCCAAGGAGAAUCCUUACUGGCUGGCAAGUAUCCUCAUCCCUAGUUGCAUUGUUCCCCCAGUAGCCCUUGGAAUUGUAGCUGGGAUCAUCAUGAGACGGAAAGACAGUGGAAAACACUCUUAUAACAUGAAUUUACAGAAGCACAUGUUGAAGGGAAGGGAUGCACCGGUGCACCCGAAGAAGCAGCCCAUGCCAUGGAAUUCCUAUUUUUGCCACACAACGAGUUGCCACGUGUGCCCCACCUGCAAGAAGCAGCUGCACGAUGCCCUGGCCCCUCUCACCGUGCCCACGCGCCGCGGCUGUGCCGCCUGCGAGGACUGGCUGAGCUCCAGGCCCGGCAAACCACGCACCUACUCGGUCCCCAGCAUUGGUGACAGGGAGAGCCAAAGCCCAGCAGGCACCAGCUCUCCUGCCAAAGCUGUGGAUGUGCAGGGGGGUCACGGUGCAGGAGAAGCUGCUCCAGAGUGGAGUGAGGCAGAGCAGCCUGUGGACCACGAAAGCAGCCACCACAUCUGCCCCGUGUGUGAGAGCUGGCUCCGUGCCCACGUUGGACAGCUGGACAGCCGUGCUGUGGCACCCGGGGAGCGGCAGGACGAGAGCCCGCAGGGCCCCGUCUGCUCUCCCUGCACGGACCAGCUGCACCUCUCCCUUGUCCACAGCGACACGUGGAGCAGCCUCGUGGUGUGUCCCCUGGCUGGAGAGGGGACCCCAGCCCACCUCGUCCCUCAGCACACCCCCAGCUGCCACGUGUGCCCCGUGUUUGCGAGGUGCCCGCUCCCACAGAUCCGGUAUGGGACGAGAGUACCCUCCGCUCACUUUUACCCCAGGCACGGGGACACCGUGAGCUUCACCUGCAACCGGGGCUACACCCUGCAGGGCUACCGCACCAGCACCUGCGGAGCCGACUCCAGGUGGAACCCACCCCUGCCAGCGUGCAAAAAGGAGGUGACGUGCCCUCGGCCACCGAACAUCGCCAACGGGCUGCACACAGGACGGUCCCUGGACAAGGUUUCCCGGGGAGUGGCCGUGCACUACAGCUGCAGGGAUGGAUACACACUGGUUGGGAACGCGUCCAUCACCUGCACGCAGGAAGGGCUGUGGAGCAAACCCCUGCCCCGCUGUGAAGCAAUUGGCUGCGAGAUACCUGAGGUGCAGAAUGGGAAGGUCUACGAUCUGCAGAGCACCUACAAAGCUGGGGAGACUCUUCACUUCGAGUGUGACACUGGUUAUGCUGCAGAGGGCACCUACAAGGCUCGGUGCCAGCCUGGGGGCACCUGGGAUCCACCAGUGCUCAUCUGCCAGAGGGUCCGACCCUGCCCCAUGCCUCCAGAGGUCACCAAUGGAAACCACAACGGCCAGAACAAAGCAUUUUUUACCAUGGGAAUGUCUGUAAGAUACACCUGCAACCCUGGCUAUUACCUGUGGCAGCUUGGCUCCAGCGUGCCCAUGGAGAGCCAGAUGUUGAUGGUGCUGGGGACCAGGCAAGAGGUGACGUGUCCUCGGCCACCAAACAUCGCCAACGGGCUGCACACAGGACGGUCCCUGGACAAGGUUUCCCGGGGAGUGGCCGUGCACUACAGCUGCAGGGAUGGAUACACACUGGUUGGGAACGCGUCCAUCACCUGCACGCAGGAAGGGCUGUGGAGCAAACCCCUGCCCCGCUGUGAAGCAAUUGGCUGCGAGAUACCUGAGGUGCAGAAUGGGAAGGUCUGCGAUCUGCAGAGCACCUACAAAGCUGGGGAGGCUCUUCACUUCGAGUGUGACACUGGUUAUGCUGCAGAGGGCACCUACAAGGCUCGGUGCCAGCCUGGGGGUACCUGGGAUCCGCCAGUGCUCAUCUGCCAGAGGGUCCGACCCUGCCCCAUGCCUCCAGAGGUCACCAAUGGAAACCACAACGGCCAGGACAAAGCUUUUUUUACCAUGGGAAUGUCUGUAAGAUACACCUGCAACCCUGGCUAUUACCUGGUUGGAAGUGCUGAUGUAUUUUGCAGACCAUCAGGGAACUGGAGCCAGCCUGGCCCUCGCUGUGAAGUGACUGUCUGCAUCAAUCCAACCAUAGCAAAUGGGAGGCAAGUUGAUGUUCAAGGAUUUAUCUCUGCACCUGGGCAAACACUGACAUUUCAGUGCCACGAUGGUUACAGCCUGCAAGGCAGUGCCGAGGUCUCCUGCCAGGAGGAUGGCAGCUGGCAGCCUCCUAUUCCUGUCUGUGAGAGAUCAUUCCUUUACCAGAACUCUUUAAGUAGGCACGAAUCUUCAGAUGUCCUGUUUGGGUCAACAGUGGUCUAUGGCUGUGAGGAAGGGUACAGGCUAAUUGGACAGCCCAGCAGGCGGUGUGAGGUUUCUGGUGGACGUGUUACAUGGAGCGGCAACGUUCCCAUCUGCCAGCGUAUCCCUUGCGAGCCACCCCCGGACAUUCCCAAUGGGAAGCACACGGGCAGGCUGCUGGAUGAGUUCUUCUAUGGCAUAUCUGUAACAUACACCUGCAACCCCGGGUUCCCACUCCACGGAGAGCCCUCCAUCCACUGCACCACCCAGGAUGGGAAAAACGGCGUGUGGAGCGAGCCCAUCCCCGCGUGUGGAGAGGCAAAUUGUCCCGUCCCGCGGGUCCAGAACGGGAGGAUCGUGUCUCCUAGAUCUGCCUACUCCCACCAGGACACCGUGACCUUUGAGUCUGGCUGCAGUGCACCUGCCAGGCUGGAGUUUGCUGAGCUGAAGGAGCCCCUCAACAACCAGACCAUCUUUCCCGUGGGGAGGACAGUGGAAUACGUGUGCCGGCCAGGGUAUUCCCAGCACCCAGGGAUGCCACCAUCCAUCACAUGCCUCAGGAAUCAGACGUGGUCUGCGGUGCUGGAGUUCUGUAAAAGGAAGCAGUGCCCUGACCCAGGGCACCCAGUGAAAGGCAGAGCUGUUGUCCUGACAGACCUCCUCUUUGGCUCCAAAAUUAACUACACUUGUGACGAAGGGUACAAGUUGGUUGGAAGCUCUCAGAGGACGUGCGAGGUCUCUGGCACACGUGUCUCGUGGAGUGGAGAUGCUCCUGUCUGCCAGCGGAUCGUCUGCGCUCCACCUCCAGCCAUCCCCCACGGGACACACAGCGGGCACUCGAGGGACACCUUCUCCUACGGGGACGUGGUCACCUACACCUGUGACUCCGGACACUCUCUGGCAGGAGAUGCCUCCAUCCUCUGCACCUCCUCAGACGGGGAGCACGGAGUGUGGAGCGGGCCAGUGCCGCGGUGCCAAGAGGUGAAGUGUCCUCCCCCUCCAAGCAUUCCCAACGGGAAGCACAGUGGCCAGCCCUCAGACACACACCUCCCUGGCUCAGCUGUGCAGUACAGCUGCUCAGAGGGCUUCUCCCUCAUCGCAAUUGGCUGCAACGAACCAGAGAUUGAGAAUGGAAGAACGACUGGGCUGGAGGCCACCUACAGACUGGGGGACAUCGCUGUCUUCCAUUGUGAUUUUGGUUACGCCUUGAAGGGCUCUCAACAGUCUCGCUGCCAGUUUGGGGGCAAGUGGGACCCUCCUCUCCCCACCUGUGAGAAGAAUGUAUGUGGUGCUCCAGAGGUCACAAACGGAGCCGUGGUUCCGAUGAAAUCUGUCUAUAAUGAAGGAGAAUCUGUUCAGAUAAAGUGCAAUGCUGGCUGCUCUUUUCCUGAUGGCACUACAGAAGUGACAGUGGCUUGUCAGGGACAGAAGACGUGGAGUUAUUUUCCAAAGUGUACAUGUGGGCCUGAAAGUCCUGGUUCCACUCCAGGUACAAGUCCUUCCACUCCAGGCAUAAGUUCAGGUUCCACUCCAGGCAUAAGUUCAGGUUCCACUCCAGUCAUAAAUUAUGGUAGAGUAGUUGUGGGACAAAAGCCUUCCUAUGCUGUGGGGGAUCGUAUUACGAUUGAAUGCUACGCGGGGUACACGUUACAUGGUGAAGCUGAAAUUCAGUAUAUGGGAGGAAACCAAUGGGCUCCUCAAGUGCCAACCUGCCAGCUGAGUGGAUAUAUCAUAGCUAUCAUCUGUGUGCUUGUGGUAAUUGUGGUGCUCCUGGCAGCCUUCUGGACCUACAAGAAAUGCUUUUCACAGAAUGGCUCGUACACAGUUGAUGAGAGUUGCAAGGAAACAUGUAUUUUAAAAACUCAGGCCCCAGCUGAGAUGGAAGACACUGAAUACAUGAAUUAAUUGAAUCUUUCAAAGGAAACGCGACGGCACUCCAUGUACUGCCGAAUAUAAGAUCUGUAAAGCGUGAAUGGCCAUUUUGGGGGGGGGGGGGGGG